UUUGACAUAUUCUGUAACUUUGGCAAGCUAGAAUUUUUUAAGUGGAUUUUCAAUUUAUUACAAAUAAAUUUACCAAAGAAUUCCAAGAUCUGUGUAUUAAUAUUGUGUAGUUCAUAAAUUGUAAUGGAAGGCGUUUUAUGGAAGUGGACAAAUUACUGGAACGGUUGGCAAACGAGGUGGUUUAUCUUGGACAAUGGUAUCCUGUCAUAUUAUAAAUCGCAAGAGGAAGUGAACCAAGGCUGCAAGGGCUCAGUGAAAGUAUCUGUGUGCCAAAUAAAUGUGAACCAAAUAGAUUCAACUCGAAUGGAUCUUGUAAUACCAGGCCAGCAGCACAUGUACCUGCGGGCUCCGUCUCCUCAAGACCGACAGAAGUGGCUUGUGGCUUUAGGAAGUGCAAAAGCCUGUGUGGACUCUAAACCUGAUCAAAAAGGGUCUGGAGAUCCUAAUUCCGUGGGGCACAAGAAAUCUGAACUGCGGUUAUACUGUGACCUGCUCAUGCAGCAAGUACAUGCUGUAAAGAGUGCAGCCAACACAGAGGGUGGACCAGAAGUUCAGACCCUUGAAGAUGCCUCGAGCCUCCUAUCUGCUACCUGCGACACCUUCAUCAGAACUCUAGAAGAUAUAAUGAAGCUGACUAGCGGUCCCACUACACCCAUGACCACACCUUAUGAAAUGCCUGUACCCAAUCUCGCUAUGCCUAAAAAUGGCCCAAGCAAAUCGCAAGUAAACAUCAAAACACCUAGACAAAGUUUAACUAGAUCUGUAUCACAAGAAAAUAGAUGAAUUUCAUGUAUAUAUUGUAUAUCAACAUAACCUAAAAAGAUUUCUAAGAAUUAUUUGACAUCACUACCAAAACAUGGUAAUAUACAUAUUGAGCAAAAAUUUAUAGAAAAAUAUUUUUAUAUAAUGUGAUUAAUUGCUUUAAAUAUUUAGGUGUUAUUUUCCAAUCAUUCCUAUGUAAAAACCAUGUAUCACUUAAAUAUAUAAUUUGUAAAUUGUACCUAUUUUAGUAGUUUGUGAAGACAUUGUAGAGAAAAAUGUAUUGUACUUAGAUUUAUUUCAACUAGUCUUUAUUAAGUUUUAUUUUUUAUGUAACAAGUUUUUGAGGUCGUUUGCGGGAUAAAAUGCCUGGUACUGGCAACGUGGCAAAUUAUAAUUUUACGAUUUUUUUUUGUGGCCCAAAAACCGAAGUGAGGUUUGUUUAUACAGUACCUUGCUCUUUGUUAUUAUGUAAUUCAUGAUAUUGGUAUUUCUUGUGCAAAUUCACUAAAGAAUCCGGGAACUCGCAAAGUUUAAAUUAAGCUUUUGACCCCUAGACCCCCUUGUCAAAAAAAUGCUACUGAAUAAUAACCUAUAAAUAUGGUUCAUAACUGUAAUAAAAAUGUGAUUUCCUAACCCUUUGAACGCCAUGGACCACUUAACGUGGUAUGGGGAACGUUGUUAAAACAGCUUUCCUACUGUCAGUUAAGUUUCAUAGUUGUUUUUUGACCCGAUAGGAAAAGGUUAAACUCUACUAUGUAGAGACAGGGCGCUGAAGGCUUUUAUCGUAGCUAUUACUGAUGUGCAAAGAUUAUUGUUUGUAGUUGUUUUUUGGUGUCAAUCUUGUCGCAAUUCCUGUAUGACCAACAUUUUCAGAAUUUCUGACACCCCAAUUGGCGUAAGUUGUUAACAAAAAUUAACUCGCUGUCAGUUUCGUGACGACAAUUUAAGCAUAAAAUCUGUCUUAAAAUUUAC